AUGGGCGGUUCUCCUCCUUGCGGCAACUCUGUUCGCUCCGUCAAGGAUUACCGUCGACAGGUCGCGACUUCGCAGAGAUGGCCGACUAGGCCGCCAAGUCACCCUCCGAUAACUUUUUCGCCGGAUGACGCUGAGGGGAUUCACGUACCCCACAACGACCCUCUUCUUGUCGUCCUUGGAAUUGGGGAGUACGACGUCACCAAGGUCCUCGUUGAUACAGGAAGCUCCGUCGACCUCAUCUUCCGAGGAACUUUGCAGAAGAUGGGAGUCGAUCUCGACGAUAUAAAACCGUCCUCCAGAACAUUAACCGACUUCAACGGAUCCUCCGAAACAAUACUGGGAACAAUCCGCCUUACGGCACGCGCAUGUGGAGUUACUCGAACUGUCAUGUUUGCCAUUGUAAGCACGAAGGCCCCUUACCACGCUAUACUUGGAACCCCCUGGAUACACUCUAUGCAGGCCAUUCCAUCUACUUAUCACCAGUGUGUCAAGUUCUCCGCCGCUAGGGAACUUCUAGUCGCCGCAGUUAAACUCCAACGAUCGUCCCUAUCGGUUAACUCCGUUUCUCCUCCAACCUAUAAAGUCUGCUCCCAGGAAGGCAAAGUUCUCGAGUUACCUAUUGACGAUACCGAUCUAAGCCAGACCGCAAGGAUUGGUGCGUAUCUGUCUGAAGAUAUGCUGCAGUCAGUUCUCAACUUUCUCAAGACGAAUGUGUCCACAUUCGCGUGGUCCAUCUCAGACAUGAAAGGAAUUGAUCCAGCUAUAACAACUCACGAACUAAACGUCGACCCGACAUUCAACCCUAUCCGCCAGAAGCAAUGCAAGCUCGGUCCCGACAGGUCAAAGGCUGUAAACGAAGAGGUCAACCGGUUACUCGGCGCUGGCUCAAUUGCUGAGGUGCGCUACCCUGAGUGCUAUCCUCUUCCCAACAUCGACCGUUUAGUCGAGUCCACGGCUGGAAACGAGAUGCUCACCUUCAUGGACGCUUUCUCUGGGUACAACCAAAUCAUGAUGCACCCCGACGAUCGCAAAAAGACGGCCUUUAUCACAGAUAGAGGAACCUACUACUAUAAGGUCUUGCCAUUCGGCUUGAAGAACGCAGGAGCAACCUACCAACGGCUUGUGAACAAAAUGUUUGCAGACAAGCUGGGCGUCACCAUGGAAGUAUACAUCAAUGAUAUGCUUGGCAAGUCGCUAUACGCCGCUGAUCACCUCCGUCAUUUGCAAGAUUGCUUCGAAACUCUCAAAAAAUAUAGCAUGAAACUGAAGCCAGCAAAGUGCACGUUCGGGGUUUCCUCAGGCGAGUUCCUUGGGUACAUAGUCACACAGCGGGGGAUCGAAGCCAACACGAAGCAGAUCUCCGCGGUCCUGAACCUCCCAAGCCCAAAAAACAGUAGAGAAGUACAACGGCUUACAGGUAGGAUAGCUGCACUCAACCAGUUCAUCUCCAGAUCCACAGACAAAUGCUUGCCAUUCUACGAUCUCCUGCGAGGUAACAAGAGGUUUAUCUGGGAUGAGAAAUGCGAGGAGGCAUUUACUCAACUCAAGCAUUAUUUGACAACACCACCCAUUCUCUCCAAGCCAGAUGUCGGCGACGUUCUAUCUCUUUACGUCGUAGUAUCACAAGCAGCAGUCAGCAGCGUUCUGAUAAAAGAGGACCGUGGUGAGCAAAAGCCAAUCUUCUAUACAAGCAGGCGCAUGACUGGACCAGAAACGCGAUACCCAACUCUUGAGAAGAUGGCGCUGGCGGUCGCCGAAGCGGCGAGAAAGCUUCGCCCAUACUUUCAGUCACAUUCAGUGGAAGUCCGGAAGACUAAGAAGUGGGCUAUCGAACUCGGUGAGCUUGAUAUCACUUACAAGAACAGAACCACGGCAAAAUCUCAGGUUCAUGCAGACUUCUUAGUCGAAUUGGCCCCGGAGUUGGAGCAAGAUCUCACACUCCGAAACCCAAACUGGACACUGCAUGUCGACGGAUCUUCUACUAACAAGGGCGCAGGUGCCGGAGUUCAACUACAGUCCCUGACCGGCGAACUGAUCAAACAGUUUUUUAGCUUCGGCUUUCCAGCCUCGAACAACGAAGCAGAAUACGAAUCUUUGAUCGCUGGACUCCGCUUAGCAAAAGCUGUCAAGGCCAAAUGCCUAAGCUCCUACUACGACUCGCAGUUAGUUGCCAGUCAGUUUAGCGGCGGCUACGACGCCCGCAACGAUCGGAUGGAUGCCUACCUCAAGAUAGUACAAGGCUUAGCUGUAGAGUUCGAAUUCUUCGAACUCGUCAACUUCCCAGAGGAGAAAACGUCUGUGCCGACGCCCUCGCAGCCCUUGGAAGCAAACUUCGGGACCAAGUUAAACGAACCAUUCCAAUACACCGCAUUGAGAAGCCGAGCAUCGAUAUCUCGACGGACCAAACCAUCAUCAUUACCCCAGUCACCGAAACCGAGACGCUCGAUACUGAUGGAUUCGGCCCUGACUGGCGAACUGAGUUCAUCGACUAUCUCUCAAAGGGGGAACUUUCAACCGAGAAAUGGGCAGCCCGCCGACUAA